CAUCACCUCAUUCUCUUUCCCUCACAUGCUCGUUCUACCACUUUGAAGUUUCAACCAUAUCAAGUAGACAGUCGAAGAAGCCAUCGGAGAGAGCGAGGGAGAGACCAUGGAAGGAGGGAUCAACCCAGAAGGAGCAGACGCGUCAGCUUUCAGAGAGUGCUUCUCCCUCGCAUGGAAGAAUCCUUACGUUCUUCGCCUCGCUUUCUCUGCCGGGAUCGGUGGCCUGCUCUUCGGCUACGACACUGGAGUCAUAUCCGGGGCACUUUUGUACAUUAGAGAUAAUUUCAAGUCUGUGGGCAGAGAGACUGUGCUUCAGGAAACUAUAGUGAGCAUGGCGGUAGCCGGCGCGAUCAUUGGGGCUGCAGUCGGUGGAUGGAUGAACGAUCGGUUAGGACGGAGAAGCGCAAUCCUGGUCGCGGAUUUCCUCUUCUUCAUUGGAGCGGUUAUCAUGGCUUCUGCUCAGAAUCCGGCUCUCUUGAUCAUUGGCCGAGUCUUCGUCGGGCUCGGGGUCGGCAUGGCGUCGAUGACGUCCCCGCUCUACAUUUCGGAAGCGUCCCCAGCAAAAAUCCGCGGGGCCCUCGUUAGCACCAACGGGUUCCUCAUCACUGGUGGCCAAUUCCUGGCUUACCUGAUCAACUUGGCCUUUACUAAGGCUCCAGGAACGUGGCGGUGGAUGCUCGGAGUUGCCGGAAUUCCAGCCCUAUUGCAGUUCAUCCUCAUGCUUCAGCUCCCAGAAUCCCCCCGUUGGCUUUUUCGCAGGGGAAGAGAAGAAGAAGCCAAAGCCAUACUAAGGACAAUCUACCCUGCCAACGAAGUGGACAGAGAGAUACAAGAUCUCAAAGAAUCUGUCGAAUCCGAGAUCCGAGAGACAGGAUCUUCCGAGAAGAUAAACAUCACGAAGUUACUGCAGACAAGAACAGUGAGGAGGGGGCUAAUUGCCGGGGUCGGACUUCAGGUCUUCCAGCAAUUCGUGGGAAUAAACACGGUCAUGUAUUACAGCCCCACGAUUGUUCAGUUGGCCGGAUUCGCUUCUAACCAAACCGCAUUGCUGCUUUCACUCAUCACAGCCGGGCUCAAUGCAUUUGGUUCUGUUGUGAGCAUAUACUUCAUCGACAGGACCGGAAGGAAGAAACUUCUCGUGAUCAGUCUGUUCGGGGUGAUGAUAUCUCUCGGACUUUUGUCCGCAGUUUUUCAUGAGACAAGUUCUCACUCACCGCUGGUUAGCCAGGCUGCAACUUCUCACUUUGCAAACUACACGUGCCCAGACUAUGGUUCGGCGAAAAACGCCACUUCUUGGGACUGCAUGAAAUGUUUGAAGGCCUCUUCUCCUGAUUGUGGGUUUUGCACUUCGCCUGCUGACAAGAUGUUUCCGGGGGCAUGUUUAAUCUCGAAUGACACCAUGAAGAAAAUGUGCCACGCAGAGGACCGGCUGUGGUACACGAGGGGCUGCCCAAGCAAGUAUGGGUGGCUUGCACUUGUCGGCCUAGCCUUGUACAUCAUAUUCUUCUCUCCUGGGAUGGGCACCGUGCCUUGGAUCGUCAACUCCGAGAUCUACCCUCUCAGGUUCCGAGGGGUUUGUGGAGGGAUAGCGGCCACAGCGAAUUGGAUCUCGAACCUCAUCGUCGCCCAGUCCUUCCUGUCUCUAACACAGGCGAUUGGGACCUCAUGGACAUUCCUAAUAUUUGGCGUGAUCUCGGUCGUGGCGUUGGUCUUUGUUCUGAUUUGUGUGCCGGAAACAAAAGGGCUCCCGAUUGAGGAGGUGGAGAAGAUGUUGGAGCACAGGGCAUUGCAGUUCAAGUUCUGGAAGAAGAGCUCUAGCACAUCAGGAAAAAACCAAGCUGGGUAAAGACACUAAUAGAAGCCUAGGAGUUCAUGGUUUGUCAAUACCAAGAAUUAGUAGAUUUCAAUCAAGCUCGGGCUUAGGGUCUCGAGCAAAAGGACCACAGACAUUAGAUCCAUCGUUUAGCUAUCUGUCUUACUAUGAAAAAUUAAGUUGAAACUCGAGGAACUUUAGGA